GUAAAUUUUUAAUGUGAGUUUUGAAGUCUUUGCUUUCGAGUCAAACGAUCAGUCCUUCAUAUCUAACGAAGCGUUGACCUUAGUCGAGGCUAAACAUGGAUCUGAAAUUGGCCGUUCUCUUCGUCCUUGGCAUGGCUUGUACAGCCAGCGCCUUUAUCAACCGUCGAUCAGCUAACCCAUGUGGGCCAAUGUGCCCCGGAUCAUGCGCACCCUUGUGCACAAUCUCGUGUUGUGGGACRGGCCCACCAGGCAGCAACCCACCUCUAAACCCAGCCGGACCCGCCCCUCCACCACCAGCAGCUCCACCAAUUUAUGGACCUCAGGGUACCCCCGGUGUUCAAGGACCAGUUGGUGCUCAGGGAGCACAAGGACCUGCAGGAAACAGUGGACCACCAGGACCCCCAGGACCCCCAGGACCUCCAGGACCACCUGCUCCUCCAGGCCCAGCACCACCACCAUGCCCUCCAGCUGUAUGUGGCUAUGGAAAGAAAUAAAUCACACGACAUUAUAAUUAUUUUUAUUUUCCUUCAGCUGUCUAGAGUGACCGCGAAUGAAUCAAUUCAUACUUUGCAUCAUAGUAUGAACUGUACAGUUCGUGGCGAUUCACCUUUUAUACUUUCGGCUACGAAGUUUAUCUAUAGCUGUUAAUCUCUUUCAAAGUUAUAAUUAUAUUAAUUAUUAUGAGAAAUAGCAGUAACAACUCGGAAAGUUCCAAUAAAUAAGCUAAAACAAA